AAUAAGGUGGCAACUGAUGCAAUGGUUGCUUCUAUAAAGGUUCAGGUAGAAUACUUGAGCAAGUUUGUCUUCAGGCUUCACCAGUUUUUGGACACACACUACGGUGUGAAAAUACAAAGGCAAUGCAGUGCUUGAGAGUUGCGGUGAUCAUCUUAGUCUGUUCAGUCCUGCUGUCUCAGACACACAGUGCCUCACUGCAUCCACCAAACUUUCAGCUAACAAGGCAGAAGAGAAUGACACCCUUCUGGAGAGGAAUCUCAAGGCCACUUGGAGCAUCAUGCAGGGAUAACAGUGAAUGCGCCACAAGACUGUGCAGGAACAAACACUGCUCUUUAAGAACAUCACAGGAGUGAUUCCUUGCUGAGAAGAAAAAGCCUGAUGUUACCUGUGGCCUUGCUUCUUCCCUGUUUAUUUAUUAUCAUCCCUCUUGACUUCACUUUCAUGAAUUUAAAUCUUUAAAAUACUUCAGUUCUAUGGAUGCAAAGGACUUCAAUAUACCAAACAUACAUGUUGAUAAAUACUGUAUCUUUCCAUCUUGUUCCAAGGUGGGUUUUUAGCCAAGCUAUGGUAGCUUAAACUGACUAUAUCCUUUUAUAUUGUUUGUAACAUAAAAGAUCUGUAUAAGAAACA